AGAGGGAGCGGGCGGCAGGCGGGAAAGGGCCGGGGCUCAACAGCCCCCUCGGGAGCGGCGGCAAGCAGCGCUGGCCGCUUCCCCGGGUGGCAGCUCAUUCUCCGACCACCCUCCCCUGGGAGGCCCUGUGGAGGUGGCCAGUCCUGCACGCACUGCCCUUUCCUCCAGGAAGGUCGCUCAGUCCAGGGAACGAGAGGCUCUGCCUGCUCCUGGGAGCUGCUGGGCUGCGCCUGACGUGGGGGCUCUGAGCCCCAGGAGCUCCUGCCUGGCUGUACCGCAGCCCUCAUCCUCCGCCAUGCAGCACAAGGCACUGUGGAGCGCCCUGGAGUACACCUGCCGAUUGCUGGGCAUCUCCACCGCAGCAGUGCUGAUCGGUGUGGGCGUCGAAACUCUGCAGCGAGGACAGUUUAAAAGCCUGGCUUUCUAUCUGCUUUUUUCAGGGGUUGCAGUUACUGUCUGUGAAGGCUUCUUCUUUAUCAGUUUGUUCCUGGAGAUGUGCUUCACUCACAAGCCUGAAUUCCUGGCACAGGCCUUCUGGAAGCGAGCUAGAUGCCCAGGGAGCUUCCAGAAAUUCCUGGGGUACACGCUGCUCUCAGUGGCUUGCUUCCUGCAUCCCGUCCUUGUCUGGCAUGUCACCAUCCCUGGGUCCAUGCUGGUGCUCACUGCCCUGGCCUACUUCCUGCUGAGCAAGAGGAGGAAGAGCCCAGGGCACAAAGACAUGCAUCCCCAGGCGGGUCACUACGUGGACCCUUCAGGUACUGAGGCAGCCCCAACCAUCAUUGGUGACACUGAGCAGACCUACACCUUCCACGGGGCCCAGAGGGAGCAGCACCGCUCGCUUCUGGGCCAUAUGAAGAGCAUCCUGAAGGGCAGCAAGGACAGCAGCUCAGCCCCAGACACUCCUGUCCAGCCAGCAGCCGUGCCAGCGCCUCGCAAGCAAGUGCACUUUGAGGAGAAGGUGGUGCAGAUCAUCCCCUCUGUCAGCGAGGACGUGGAGGAUGUGGAGAGUGAGGCUGAGGAGACCACAUCAGACACAACACCCAUCCUCACCCCACCUGAUGCCCCCAUCAUCAUCGCCCCUCUCAGCUCUCCUGGCCUCUUCUGAGCCCUCAGCAGGACUGAGGACAGGACAGCCUGCUGCUACCCUGGAGCAGAUGCUCCAGCAGCCAACGGGCCCAAGGAGGUGGCCCUUAUUGCCUUCCGUACUUUGGGGGUGACAGCUGUGCCACCCCCUCUCCAAGGGCUGCCUGCACUCCCUGGUCCCCUGCAUUGUGGCUGCCAGGGCACAGGUGGGGUUCAGCUGGGGUAGUGCCAGCACAGUGAGGUUUCUGCUCCCACGGCCUCACCUGUGUCAGCCCCUGUGCACACCCCUCCGUGCUCCUCCUGACAUCACAGCCACGGCGUGUGCCUCCCUGCUGGCAGACUCAGGCAGCAGGAGUGGAGAUCUGUGUGCCCUGGAGCAGCCUCUGCUGGGGUACUUGUGUCUCUCUGGCCUCACUGCAUAUGGCAGAGCUCAGGGCUGGGUGAAUUCUCACUGCACAUGGCAGAGCUCAGGGCUGGGUGAAUUCAGCACAGGCACUGCAGCCUGCAGGUUCCCUCUCAGCACCUGCACCCGCUGCAGUAGCUUGAGACAUGCAAAACAUAUUUGUGAGGUGGGCUGAAACCAAGCACACCCCUGGCAUUAGCACCUGCUUAGUACCUCCCCAGGCACUCUGAGACCAGCAGGGAAAUCAUCUCUGGCCUUGGGGACACCUAAGCAGAAGCAGAGGCCUUCCAGGUGUCCCCUGCUUGGACAACCCGCUUGAAUUAGAAGAACUUUGGGAUGAUAUGGCAGCCCAGGUCCUGAGGUUCAGCACCACACUGGCACAGCAGACUGUGUGUAACUCCAAUGUGUGUAAUUAUGGCCCCCAGAGGGCAAAGGCAAUAAUAAAAUUACCAUACUGUCCCACCA